AUGGAUUCAAGUGACUCAUAAGAAGAUUCAUAUUAAAAAGAUUCGUUACUCGAAAUACUCAGAAUUGAAUAAUUCAAAAAUGAUAAUGAAAGGGGGAAAUUAUCAAUCGAUUUUUCUAAUCAAGUGUUGAACUUAGGAAUGUUUAAAAAGCAAAAACAAACUUACAUAUAAAAUACAAAUCACACCAAAGAAUUAUAUAUUUCUGUGAUUAAAAAUCAUAGAUCAAUUAGUUUAUUAUGUAAAAUCAACAUCUUGAGUCAGGAGCAGAGGAAUUUAUACAGUCCAAAAAAGAAAACUAUGGGACCUGAAGAUUAUUAGUUAGAAUAGUAAGUCCAGAGAGUCUGUAACACUGUAAGAAGGAAAAGCUGUAUCUGCUUAUUAUGUGGUCAUUAAGGCGAUUUUGAAAAACGCAUGAACACUUUUUAAGUGAAAACCUAGCAAUAAAUAAACAGUGAAAUGAGGUUAUUAAAGUACAACACAAGAAACCAAUUUAAGCAAUAAACUUUAAUUAGACUACACAAAAUAAAACAAUUAUAAAACUAAAAAUGUCACAAUUCCAGUCUUUCAGCUUAAUUAGACAAUUAAAUACAGUUUAAUUAAACUCCAACAAUCGCACCAGCCAUAGUUGAGGUUUAAUUGAAAUUCAAGAAGAAAACAGCAAGUCAACCUGUAGUGCUAAAGCAAUUCUUACCUACUACAAAAAAUUAUUAUGUGAAAUAGUUUCAUCUUACCUCGAGAACAAAAACUAACAAUACUCCAACAUAAAACACCUUGCCAUCUCUUAAGACUUUGAGUUAAAGUAGAAGAAAUCUGUUUGAUAAUAAAUAUUAUUGA